UUCAGGUCUAGUGAUUGUAUUCAAAUUUCAAACCGAGCGUCUGUCUGUUUCUUGAGGUUGCUGUUGCUGGCUUGUGCGAGUCAGAUUCUUCUUUCAAAUUCAAAUAUUAGACCAGUCCAAUUUUAGUUCCGUGCUGUGUGUUUGAUCUCUGUUUGCGAUCAGAACUGCUCGGCACCGUCUUUUCUCCAACAUCAGACAUGGCCGGAACUAACCCUACCGGCAGCGUCCAAGACGUGGCUUCUAAAGGGGAAGUGCCGGAGAGAUAUAUCCAUAAAGAAUGCGAUCGGGGAGCUCUAGAUGCUCCAUUAAUGGAAGCUCCUGUGAUUGAUAUCGGUCUCCUCUCGUCUCCAUCCAAUACCGGACCGGAACUGGAGAAACUCCGACAUGGACUUCACUCUUGGGGCUGCUUUCAGGCAAUAAAUCAUGGAAUGUCACCUGAAUUUCUGGAAGAAGUGCGCCAAGUAGCGAAACUGUUCUUCGCUCUUCCAAUGGAAGACAAACUGAAACAUUCCCGAGAAGAAGAUAAGAUGGAAGGAUAUGGCAACGACAUGAUUUUCUCCAACCAACAAAUUCUCGAUUGGACUGAUCGUUUAUACCUCACUGUAUGUCCAGAAGAAAGCCGCCGUUUCAAGUACUGGCCAACAAAUCCUGAAAGAUUCAGGGAAGUUCUUCACGAGUACACUGCAAAUGUGAAGCUUUUAAGUGAGAAAAUCCUCAAGGCCAUGGCAAGGUCACUGGAUUUAGAUGAGAAUAGCUUUCUCAACCAGUAUGGGAAGCGAGUUCAACUCGACGCACGGUUCAACUUCUACCUGCGAUGUCGAAAUCCCAAUCUCGUUCUUGGUGUCAAGCCACAUGCUGAUGGAUCAGCAAUCACCAUUUUGUUGCAGGACAAAGAAGUAGAAGGUCUUCAGUUCUUGAAAGGCAAUGAGUGGUGGAACGCGCCGAUCAUCCCUGAUGCGCUUCUCGUCAACGUCGGGGAUCAAGGAGAGAUAACAAGUAAUGGGAUAUUCAAGAGUAGAGUUCAUAGGGUGUUGACAAACUCAGAGAGGGAGAGGAUUUCUUUGGCUGUGUUUUACCUUCCAGAUCCACAGAAAGAAAUUGAACCACUUGAGAAGCUCAUCAAUGAAACUCACCCAAGGUUGUACAGAACUGUGAAGAAUUUUGUCGGCCUUUUUUUCCAGUACUACCAGCAGGGCCAGAGACCAAGGGAGGCUGCAAAAAUAAUCUCUGUACAUCUUAGGAAGCCCUCAAACAUGGCCGAAUUACCAGAUUACUUCCACACAAAAACCUUCCAACAAAAACUUCUCAUCAACGGCGGCGACACGCCGGAGAGUUACAUUUACAAAGACGGCUAUGGCGGCGGAGAUUCCAACAAUAACCCACUUCCCUUGGCGGAGAUUCCGGUCGUUGACCUUGCACAACUCUCGUCGUCGCCGCCCAGCACGGCGGCGUUAGAGGACCUCCGGUUGGCUCUCACUUCGUGGGGCUGUUUUCAGGCCAUUAAUCACAGCAUUUCCAGUUCGUUUCUAAACAAGAUUCAUCAAAUAAGCAACCAAUUUUUUUCACUGCCUAUGGAAGAGAAGAACAAAUGUUGCAGAGAACUUUAUGGGCUUGAAGGAUAUGGAACUGAUAUGGUUUUCUCAGAGCAACAAAUUCUUGAUUGGACCGAUCGGUUAUAUCUCAAAGUAAAUCCAGAAGAUGAGAGACAGCUCAAAUAUUGGCCGCAGAAUCCUCAAUCAUUCAGGGAAGAUCUACACGAGUUCACAAUCAAAUUAAAGCAGAUAAUUGAAACAGUACUGAUGGCCAUGGCAAGAUCCAUAAACGUGGAGGCGAAUAGCUUUACAGAGCAAGUGGGGAAGCGUCCAGAGUUGUUCACGAGAUUCAAUUUCUAUCCGCCAUGUUCGAGGCCGGAUCUUGUUCUUGGGCUCAAAGAACACUCAGAUGGGUCUGCCAUCACCAUUGUUUUACUGGACAGAGAAGUCGAAGGUCUCCAAUGGCGGAAGGACGACCAGUGGUUCAGAGUCCCUGUUCCUGCCAUGGCCGAUUCUCUUCUAAUCAAUAUUGGGGAACAAGCCGAGAUUAUGAGCAAUGGGGUGUUCAAGAGUGCUGUUCAUCGGGCCGUGACGAACUCGGAGAAGCAGAGGAUUUCGGUGGCAUGCUUCUGCUGCCCAGAAAAGGAUAGAGAGAUCGAGCCAAUCGAGGGGCUGAUCGACGAGAGGAGGCCGAGAUUGUAUAGAAAUGUGAAGAACUAUGUGGGUUCAUAUUUCCAAGACUACCAGAAGGGACAGAGACCAGUUGAUAAAUUGAAGAUUUAGAAUCCUCUACUUUUCUAAGUAGUGUGUUUCAUGGUGUUGUAAAACAGAAUGCAAUGCAAGUAGUUUCUGUGAAAAGUUUGAAUUUUGAUACUUUCGAAUUUAAAUAAAAAAUUUCCCAAAUUUUCAAGCAAAGAGGGAUUAUUCAGAAUGGAAGUCGCAUUCAGAAACAGGGAAAAGAGGGUAACAAUAAUAGCCAGUUCUCAAUUGGGAAAAAAGAGAAUAAUAUCGCAGUCUCAUUUCUCAAGAUUGACCAAUGUCUUUUUUCUUCUUCUUCUUCUUCUUCAUCAUCAUCAUCUCAUCAUCAUCUCAUCAUCAACUGAUGAAAAGGUAAAACGCUCUGCCACUUGAAACUACAAGUUUCUCGAAAGGUAAUCAAAAGCUACAGACUCGAAACGCAUAUAAUAUGAAGUCUAAAAAAGCAUCGAAAAUUUCGCA